CGGGUUUCCUUUCCUUUUAAGUAUAUAGUCCUUUUCGUUGAAGCUUCCUGUUGGGAUUGACGAACUGACAAGGGUGGAACGAUCGACGCUAAGGACCGCAACAAAACCAAUACAAGCCAAACACAAGUCAACGAUGUUUUGGAGUCUCCUGCAAGAUUGCGAGAUGAUUGCAGAAAGUCUUAGCUAAUCAGCUAAGCAGCUAAUCAUGUGGUCCGACUGCUUGGCCACAAGUAAGUAGAAGAGAUCGGUUGCUUGCAGCGUACGGCGUAUGUCAUGUUGUCAGUGUGGGCUUGGACGGCCGUGCGAUGUUGCCAUAGGGCCUGCCGGCUCAAGAUGAGGAGAACAACGUCAGGCAGGUAGAUCAGAUAGGCCGGUCGAACUUGCCAUGCCGGGUGGGCGGCGUGUCUCGUUCUACGGGCACGUGCACCCCCACCGAGGUCCAUGCCGAGUGAUCGUUGUGUCGUUCUGCGGGGCGUAUACCGAAGACUGGGCGAUGUUGGUCGACCGGGCGUAUAAGCUCCAAGAGGCCGCAGAAGGUCUAGAAGACGCGUACAGUGCAGGAAGCACCGCGUGCGUGUUCUUGCCCCCCGGCAGCAGCCUGUUCGGCUUGCAUGCACCGAAUACCCAAGAUGAAGAUGCAAAAAAACGCAACGAAUGCUGGUGUUUUGCGCUGUAUGGCGCAUUGCAAGAAUUCGGCUGCCGGUGGUUUGCAGAGUGGUGCAAACAGAUGCUCAAGGCGGCUGAGAACGGCCAUACCCUGGUGGUUGUCUUUAAGGCAUCCCAGAAAGGCGAAGGCAUGGACGUGGAAUGGCCACCGCGGAUUGCCUGCACGGCUGCAAACAGAGGCCUGCCCGGUCUAGGGGUGUCCCAAAGAGGUGAAGUUGCCUACAUGAAGAAGCUGGGCUUCACCCUGGAGAUGGAGGAUAUCCACGAGUUCCGGCAGAGGUUCCUAGGGGAACUGAAGGCGGAGCAAAGCGUGCGGGCAGAGCGAGGUGAGGCGGAGCAAGACGAGCUGAACCUUCAGGUGGAACAGCUGGAGCUAGAGCUGCAGCUGAAAGACCUGAAGGUCACGGAGGAGAAGG